UUGUAGGUGGAAGGGAAGAAUUUGCCCAAGAAUAAAAAAAAUUCUUGAAAAGAAUGCUGCCAAUGUCCAUGAGUGUAUUCCAAUCAAAGGGGAUAACACUCACUAUGAGAUUAAAUGUCAUAAUGGGGACCAGUUUCUUGUUGAUCUAGAUGAAAGGACCUGUAGCUGUAGAGUAUGGAGUUUAAGUGGAGUACCAUGCAAACAUGCCAUAUGUGCUAUUAACCAUCAAAAGGGUGAUAGAGAUGACUAUGUCCAUGAUUGCUACUCGGUAGCUACUUUUAAGAAAAUAUAUGCAAAAACAAUCAAGGGUGUGAAUGGUACAAAACUGUGGGGUGAGAGUAUAUUCAUUCCACCACUGCCCCCGCGUAUGGAGAGAGGAAAAGGUAAGCAAGCAUUUGCUAGAAGAAAAGAGCCUGAUGAGAAAGUUGAGAAACUGAAGAAGAAGAGGAAGAUCGAACUUAGAAGAAGACAACGAACAUUAAAGUGCAAAAAAUGUGGAGUUGAAGGUCACAAUUCUGUUACAUGUGGCAGGGACGAGGUGAUGAAUAAUCUCCCAAGUGGCAGUGAAAGAGCAACUGGUGAAUCAAGUGGGAGCAUACUAACUCAAGUGUGUAGUGCUUCAAUGCGUCCACCCCAAAUCAGUCAUACUGAUGAACAAGAUGAUCAAAUGGAGCACAUUGAAAUCUCUACACAAGUGUCUCAAUCUAAAGCUGCUUCUGUUCCAGGUCCAUCUAUGUUGCAGCAGCUCUACCAAGGCAAAUUUCAGAAUCAAGGUCAACUAAUUUUGCAAAGUGGGAAGAAAUUUGGGAGUUUGGCUGAGUUGCAAACAAAGAAGAAAUAAAAGAUGCAUUGGUUGCUGAUGAGUAGUUGUUGGGCUGUUGUUUCUAAAAUUUACUGACAUUUUUUUUGUUGAUGGGUGAUGACUUGUUUUUGUUUUUGUUGAUGGAUGAUGGCUGAUGACAUAUAGUUCCUGGACAUCCUUUGUUAAUGGGUGGUGGCUAGUGACAAGAAUAUUUUUU